AUGGCUGAUUCCUCCAUAGUCUCUCCCGAAAUUCCGACUGGUAACGCUCUGCCCUUGAAUACCCACAAAGCCCUCCCAUUUCUUAACAAGCAAUAUCAAGAAUGCUCUGUCCACCAUGCAGAAUGUAGUACCCCGGAUUCGGUAGAACUGAAUCAUUACCCAUCAAGGCUCCUUGAUGUUGGCCAUGAGGGUAGCCCGAUCAUACUUCGCAGCACCAGGACGUUCACUAGUCAACAAUAUGCCUGCCUCUCACACUGUUGGGGCAAUUCAAGGCCCUACACACUGAACUCGACAACGGAACAGGAUUUGAAAAAGGGGAUUGAUGCAGAAAAGCUGCCAAAGACAUUCCGGGAUGCUAUUCAUGUGACUCGUUCUCUCGAUAUCCGUUACUUGUGGAUUGAUUCACUUUGUAUCAUUCAGGAUAGUGAAUCAGACUGGGCAACUGAAUCUAGUCGUAUGGGCCAAAUAUACGCACGCGCAGCAUUCACCAUUGCAGCAACUGCUUCGAGUAGCAGUGAUGGAGGUCUAUUUUUUGAGAGGCAACCACAGCAGCUAUUGCCAUGCCUUCUAGACAUUAAUUUCGGUCCAUAUCUGACCAUCUUAAAGCGUAAUGGUAUACCGCCUCAUCGGAUGGGCACUUAUCUUUGCGACGUAGCAAAAAUGACUGCGAAUUGCAUUGAAAAUGCGCCACUGAAUUUACGAGCCUGGGUUAGCCAAGAGAGGCAGCUUUCUCAUCGGAUUAUGCACUUCAGCAAUAAACAGCUCUUUUGGGAAUGUCACAGAACCAGAACUUGCGAAACAUAUCCGAAUGGCAUUCCGCAAGUUGCAUUAACAUAUUCGUUCAAGGAUGCUACCAUGUUGAAGAGAUGGCUUCAUGAGUUCCAACAACAAGGCGGUGCAUCUUUAAAUGGCAACCAAACAACACCGUACUUGGAAUCAGGCUUGAAUGAAAGCCUUUAUGACGCUUGGUGUUCCUUUCGAGUACAUUACUCCGAUUGCGCACUUUCUCGGGACAGCGACAAAUUAGUAGCACUCUCCGGGAUAGCGAAACAGAUUGGAAGUGCCACAGGAGAUGAACUUGUCGCGGGGCUCUGGAAGAGUCGGAUAAUCGAAGAAUUAUGUUGGUUUAAUUUACAUGAAGCAACUCCCUGCAACAAUCCUACAGAAUGGAUAGCUCCCACUUGGAGUUGGGCUACU